AUGUUUUCCGAAGGUAAUCACGUUUGGAUCGAAAAUGGAAUUAAAGGGGGACUUCGACAUCCCGAAAGCCUAUCGGAUUGUCAAAUUCGAGAAGAAAAAAAUCAAGUUGAAGACGACGACGGCAAAGUAGAAUGGACAACACAGAAUAAAAUUUUGAAGUCCGUUCAGGCAUCGAUCAUUGACCCGGUAGAUGAUAUGAUACACUUAAGUGAUUUGGAAGAGUGUGUUAUCCUGCGAAAUCUUCACAUCCGUUAUAAAAAUCAUCAAAUUUACACAUACAUAGGAGACAUACUAAUAGCUGUGAACCCUUACCAAAUGUUAGAUAUCUAUUCAACAAGGGAAGUGUUGAUGUAUUCGGAGAGGAAAUCGACAACAUUACCACCGCAUAUAUUUGCAACUAGUGACAAGUGUUUCCGAAACAUGAAAAGUACUAAACGCGAUCAAUGUAUCAUCAUAAGCGGAGAAAGUGGAGCUGGAAAAACUGAAAGUACAAAACUGAUUUUGCAAUAUUUAACUGCCAGAAGUGCUGGGGGUCAUUCGUGGAUAAAACAACAAAUUUUAGACGCGAAUUCUAUUCUUGAAGCUUUCGGCAAUGCAAAGACACAGUGUAACGAAAAUUCAUCAAGAUUUGGAAAAUAUAUCAAUGUGUACUUCAAUAGUGUGGGAGAAAUAGAAGGAGCUCGAAUAGAUUAUUACUUGCUAGAGAAAAGUAGAAUCGUCACACACUUGAAGAAUGAAAGGAAUUAUCAUAUUUUUUAUGCUAUCCUCACGGGACUCAGCCACGACGAAAAACAAAAAUUGCAUCUUGGAAGUGUAUUGGAUUAUAAAUACUUACACGGGGUUGCUUUGUGCAAGGGUAGAAACGACUCGAAAACGUUUGCGAAUGUCAAAGCUGCGAUGCAAGUAUUAAAUUACAACGAAACCACAUUUACUAAUGUUAUCCGCCUACUCGUGAUGAUACUGCAUCUGGGAAAUUUAAAGUACAAAUCCACGACAAUAAAUCAUACUGACGUUACCGAAAUUCACGACGACGUUACCUUAAAAAGAUUAUGUGACUUUUUAGAAGUCGAUCAAACUAAUUUGACAAAUGUAUUAACGAAGAAAACUAUUUAUGCUAAGAAAGAACAAGUGGUCAGUAAUUUAACCAAAGACCAAGCGAGAGAAGUGCGGGAUGCAUUUGCAAAACUAAUAUACGAAAAAAUCUUCGAGAAUAUUUUACGGGAAAUAAAUAAUACAAUACAAAAUACUAAAUCACGAUCAAAGAACACAAUAGGUAUUUUAGACAUUUCAGGUUUCGAAAACUUCGACAUCAAUAGUUUUGAACAGUUAUGUAUUAACUAUGCUAAUGAGAGUUUACAACAGUUUUUUGUGCAAAACAUAUUUAAAAUCGAGCAAGAAAGUUACACUUCCGAAAGUAUUUCUUGGAUUAAAAUUAAUUUUGUUGACAAUCAAGAGAUAAUUGAAAUGAUUGGCACCAAACCGCUGAAUAUUAUGUCACUUAUCGACGAAGAAAGUAUUUUUCCUAAGGGUUCUGAUUCAAGCAUGCUAUCGAAAAUAUCAUUAAUUCAUGGAGUAAACACCAGCUUCGUCAAAUUACAAUCUGAUUCAAUGAACGAGUUUGGAAUUGUACAUUAUGCAGGACCUGUGACUUAUAAUGUAGUUGGAUUUCUUAAUAAAAAUCGCGACAUUUUCUCUACUGAUAUCAAACAAUUAAUAAAUACGUCGACGAACACAUUUCUCAAAAAUUUAUUUGCUAACGACGAGUUAGUUAUAAAUGGAGAUUCUAACAAACGAUCGGCGACAGUUUCAAUGAAAUUUCGAAGCUCAUUAGAUUCACUGUUGAGCACAUUACGCUCUUGUAAUCCAUUUUUCAUCAGGUGCAUUAAACCUAAUGGAAAUCAAUUGCCAGAGGUUUUUGAUAGAACACUUUGUACUCGACAACUUCGCUAUUCAGGUUUAGCAGAUACAGCCAAAAUUCGACGCGCCGGCUAUUCAUUACGCUACGAGUACACCGAAUUUUCCACAUUAUUCCGAGCUUUAACUCAGGGGAUCGAUCCGACCCGUAUGGCAGACAAGAGAUUUGUAACGGAGCAAAUCUGCAAGAAAGUCUUAGGUAAAAAUGAUUUCUGCCUAGGACACACAAAAGUAUUUUUGAAAGACUAUCAUGGUGAAAUACUUGAAAAAAAAAAGAAAGAGGUAUUAGAAAGAUAUGCUAACAUCGUUCAAAGGAACCUUCGAAUGUGGGUUUAUCGAAAAAGGUUUUUAAAGAUCAGAAAAGCAGUAAUAAUACUUCAAAAAGUUUGGAAAGGAUAUGGACCAAGAUAUCGAUAUUUAAAAAUUCAACAUGGCAUUCUCCGACUACAAUCUCGUAUUAGAUCACGAUAUCACGAAGUUAAAUUUCAACAGCAAAGAAGAAUUGUCAUAUCUCUUCAGGCAGUUUGUCGACGAUAUAUUGUUAAAAAAAUUUGCGCAGAAAAGAGAAAACAAAUACUGGAGAAUAAAAAACUGAUAACUCUUCAUAAUAAAGUAACGAAUGUACAGUUAAGUUCAGAUAAGAACGAUCCAAAGCAGUCAAAUAACGAUGAUAAUAUCGACAGUAUCUUCGACUUUUUAGAUAAGGGGAGGAAGAGUAGUAUUUCUAAAAAAACGUCAAGUAAACUUUUUAACGACAUGCUUAGAAACGAACUAGCUAUAACAGGAUCUCUCCGAGGAACUGAUGAAUUAUGCGAUAAAGAUUUAAUUUCAUACGAUUUCCAUAAAUUUGCUGCUAUUUAUUUCGUGGCUAAUGCAUCUUCACAUUUUUCAAAGAAGCCGCUAAAUCGCUCGCUUCUCGAUCUUCCCCGCUUGUCAGACCAACUGGCAGCGAAAGCUCUAUCCAUAACUAUUUUACGAUUUAUGGGAGAUUUGCUAGAACCAGAUAAUUAUGUUGAAAGUUACAGUAAGAAAUCAGCAAUGAAUACAGUGAGCGAGACCUUGACAAAAAAUUAUUCAAAAUCCAUAGAGAAUGAUAACCAACAUUUUCUGAGACUGACUUUAAAAAAGAAAAAUAAGCUUAACAAUAUUAUUGCAAAAGGUAUCGUAUACAACGAGUAUGAGAAUUGGCUCAACGUACCAAGAUCGAACUUGGAAAAGUUAAAUUUCAUAAUCGGUCAUGGAAUACUUCGCCCAGAAUUAAAAGACGAAAUAUAUAGUCAAAUCAUCAAACAAUUAAUACGUAAUCCAUCAAAAGUAUCAUCUACAAAAGGUUGGAUACUCAUUUCUCUCUGCCUCGGUUGUUUUGCACCAUCAGAAAGACUGAUAAUGUACCUCAAGUCGUUCAUAAGGAGGGGCCCAGUCGAAUUUGCUUAUUUUUGCGAAAAAAGAUUGAUGAGAACAUUUAGGAAUGGCACAAGAACUCAGCCGCCUUGUUGGAUUGAAAUGCAGUCGGUCAAGUACAAAGAGGCUAUUACGUUGCAAGUAGAAUUAAUGGACAGUAGUUUAAGAAGUGUAAAGGCCGAUUCCGCAAGUAUAUCUCAAGAAAUCGUAGAAAGCUUAUCUCGAGCCCUCGGAAUCAGAGACAUAUUCGGUUUCUCACUUUUCAUAAUUAUCGAUGAUAAAUUCAUGUCACUAGGUGCAGAAAAGCAACACGUCAUGGAUGCAAUAUCGCAAUGCGAACAAUACGCUGUGGAGAAAGGUUAUAUACAGCGAGAUGCAAAGUGGCGAUUGAUCUUCAAAAAGGAAAUAUUUUCACCUUGGUACAACCCUACUUUCGAUAAAAUUGCUACGGAUCUUAUAUACGAUCAAAUAUGUUGGGGACUUAAACUAGGAGAAUAUAGAUGCCAAAAUGAACAUGAUUUGGUCAUGCUGAUAGCGAGACAGUUGUACGUAUACAGUGGAAAUGGUUUAUUACCGCAGCCGUUCAAACACGUCUUACAUAUGUUUAUACCAAACUAUAUGCUUCAAAAGAACAGUGUACAAAAUUUGUUGAGGUUGGACAAACUCACUUUAUAUGCGUACAGGAAGGAAUUUCUUGCAAACGUAAAAGUCGACGGCAACGAAGUCAAGCAAAAAAUCAUCGAGUUUGCCAAAAACGAGUGGACCCUUCUGUUCUCGAAAUUCUAUGAAGCUAAAAAGAUCUUUGGUCCGGAAUUCAGUCAGACAAACGUCAUGAUUGGCGUCAAUUCGAUGGGCAUAUACUUUUUUGACAACAAGGAGCGAAUUUUGCACAAGUUAAAUUUCUACGAGAUAUACGAAGUCAAUUAUCAAAAGCAUGAAGACGCACUGUUUAAUAGUCUGACCAUAUCGACAAUUCAAAGGGAAGAAUUUAUCUUCCAGAGUCUUGAAGCCGAAAGUUUUGUUUCGCUCGUGAAUUUCAUUUUGGACAGUCUCAAAAUAAAAUCGGAAUACGUCGUUGCCAUUCAAGAUUACAUAGACGAUGAAGAUUCUGGAACACAUCUUUCUUUGAGAAAAGGCGACAUUAUUAAAUUAGUUGACGGAUGUAACGGCCACACGGUACUAACCUGCUCUUACGUCAUUGGUGAGAAAAAUGGCGUUCGAGGCAAAUUCCCUUGCGAAUGCGUAUAUGUACUGCAGACUAUAAUAAAGCCGUCGCUCAAAUCAAUGGAAAUAUUCAAAGGAAAUUUUACUUCGGAAUCCAUCACCAGAACAAAAUUCGAUCUCAAUCAGAGCUUGAAAGUGUCUCGGGAACACAAUCUGAAAAAAUUCGCAGAUGAACAUUUCAAGCCAAUCAUGAGUAAGGCUGAAAAAUUAUGGAAACACACUCGAGAACCAAUUAAAAUUCCAUUGAUGAAAAAGAUAUCUGACGAUGAGGAAAAAUCACAGCAAGCUGUUCUAAUGUUCAGGAAUGUAAUGAAAUACAUGGGCGAUCUGCCAAGUAACAAACAAAUAAGGAUCGGCACCGAACAUACAGACAGUAUUUUCGGAACUGCUUUGACAGAUGGAUUACUUCGAGAUGAAUUGUUCUGUCAAAUAAUGCGACAACUAACAGACAAUAAGAUACGACUGAGUGAAGAACGAGGCUGGGAAUUGAUGUGGUUAGCAACCGGUGCAAUGCCUUGUAGUCCCUUAGUGCGCAAAGAGUUGGAACAAUUUUUGAAUAGCAGGGAGAGUAUCGUGGCAAAAGAUUGUUUAACAAAGUUAAAUAAGGUCGUCAACUCUGGAACUGUCAGGAUAUAUCCACCAUGUAUGAUCGAAGUCGAAGCGAUUCGAUUUAAAAGAUUGCACAUAUUCCAGAAAAUUUAUUUCCCUGAUUCAACCGACGCUGAUUUUGAGAUCCAUUCAUCAACCCGAGCACAAGACAUAUGCGAAGAGAUCGCAAGAAAGCUUCAACUGCACAGUGUCGAAUGCUUCUACUUGUACUUUAAGAUUUCAGAUCGUAUAAUAUCUAUGCCGAUGUAUUAUUUCUUCUUCGACUUUAUUCGUGAAGUAAUAGAUUGGAUAACUCGACUGAACAGUGCGCAUCCAAGUACUCCGUUAGACACGAAAUAUCAGGUAUUAUUCAUGAAGAAAAUAUGGAUUGAUUGUCUUCCUGGUCGGGAUAAAAAUGCUGAUUCUAAGUUCCAUUAUUAUCAAGAAAGUACGAAAUAUCUAAGAGGAUAUCAUAAAUGUAGCAAAAAAGACGCUGUCAAAUUGGCGGCUUUAAUUUAUAUCAGCACACACGGGGAUAACAAGGAUGAUCUUUCGCAAAUGCAUCUGAAAUUGCAAGAAUACAUCCCUAUUGAUAUGAUCGGAAUGAUUAGUCCUAAGGCUUGGAGAAAACGAAUUGUGGCAGCCCACAGUCAUUACAAAGGUCUUACUCAAGACGAUGCAAAAGAACGAUUCCUCCAACAAGUAUAUCAGUGGCCAACUUUCGGUUCAGCCUUUUUCGACGUUCGUCAGACGAUGGAAACCAGAUUUCCCGAGUUGAUUACUUUAGCAAUCAAUAAAAAUGGAGUAAGUAUCAUUCAUCCGUUAACCAAAGAAAUUCUAGCGUUGUACGGCUUCAGCGACAUAACCAACUGGUCAUCCGACGACACCUAUUUCCAUAUGACUAUUGGUGGUUUUAUAAAUGGAUGCAAGUUACUUUGUGAAACUACGCUGGGAUAUAAGAUGGACGAUCUUAUAUCAUCAUAUAUAGACUUCUUGCAAGGAAAUGAUGGAAAGACACAGAAGAGUCAAAGUUCAAUUGUUCAGUGA